GUGUGCGUGUCAUGGCAGUCGGCAGCGCGGUCCCAUCCUCUUCCGCUUGGCCCCAGAAAGUUUCGGUUCUGCCCGGCGGAGGACCCACGAGCGCGUGCCACCAUGGAGUCUGACCAGUGCUAAGCAGACAGCCACGGAGGGCCGAAGUUCUGAGCCUUCCUCCUUCCUUCUCCGGACCCAAGCAGGAGACACACAGACAAGAAAGGCAAACUCACCAUGGCCUCCACCAAUGCAGAGAGCCAGCUCCAGAGAAUCAUCCGAGACUUGCAAGAUGCUGUGACAGAACUAAGCAAAGAAUUUCAGGAAGCGGGGGAACCCAUCACGGAUGACAGCACCAGCUUGCAUAAAUUUUCUUAUAAACUUGAGUAUCUCCUGCAAUUUGAUCAGAAAGAGAAGGCCACACUCCUGGGCAACAAGAAGGACUACUGGGAUUACUUCUGUGCCUGCCUGGCCAAGGUGAAAGGAGCCAAUGAUGGGAUCCGAUUUGUCAAGUCUAUCUCGGAGCUCCGAACAUCCUUGGGGAAAGGAAGAGCAUUUAUUCGCUACUCCUUGGUGCACCAGAGGUUGGCAGACACCUUACAGCAGUGCUUCAUGAACACCAAAGUGACCAGUGACUGGUACUACGCAAGAAGCCCCUUUCUGCAGCCAAAGCUGAGCUCGGACAUUGUGGGCCAACUGUAUGAGCUGACUGAGGUUCAGUUUGACCUGGCGUCGCGGGGCUAUGACUUGGAUGCUGCCUGGCCAACAUUUGCCAGGAGGACACUGGCCACCGGCUCUUCUGCUUACCUGUGGAAACCCCCUAGCCGCAGCUCCAGUAUGAGCAGUUUGGUGAGCAGCUACCUGCAGACUCAAGAGAUGGUGUCCAACUUUGACCUGAACAGCCCCCUAAACAACGAGGCAUUGGAGGGUUUUGAUGAGAUGCGACUAGAGCUGGACCAGUUGGAGGUGCGGGAGAAGCAGCUACAGGAGCGCAUGCAGCAGCUGGACAGAGAGAACCAGGAGCUGAGGGCAGCUGUCAGCCUACAAGAGGAGCAACUGCAGACAGAGAGGGAGAGGGGACGCACUGCAGCAGAGGACAACGUUCGCCUCACUUGCUUGGUGGCUGAGCUCCAGAAGCAGUGGGAGGUCACCCAGGCCACCCAGAACACUGUGAAGGAGCUGCAGACGUGCCUACAGGCCCUGGAGCUAGGAGCAGCAGAGAAGGAGGAGGACUACCACACAGCCCUGCGGCGGCUGGAGUCCAUGCUGCAGCCCUUGGCACAGGAGCUUAAGGCCACACGGGACUCACUGGGCCAGAAGAACCAGCAUUUAGCCAGCAUCCCAGACUGGCUAGCCAUGGCUCAGCAGAAGGCAGAUACAGCACCAGACACAAAGGGUCAGCAAGAACCUAUUCCCAGUGAUGCGGCCCGGGAGAUCCAGGAGCUAGGGGAGAAGCUUCGAGCCCUAGAAAGGGAGAGAACCAAGGUCGAGGAGGUCAACAGGCAGCAGAGUGCCCAGCUGGAGCAGCUGGUCAAGGAGCUGCAGCUGAAGGAGGAUGCCUGGGCCAGCCUGGAGCGCCUGGUGAAGGAGAUGGCCCCACUCCAGGAGGAGUUGUCUGGGAAGGGACAGGAGGCAGACCAGCUCUGGCAACGGCUACAGGAGUUGCUGGUGCACUCGAGCUCCCGGGAGCAGGAGCUAGCAGAGUUGAGGCGGGAGAAAAAACAGCAACAGGAGGAAAAGGAGCUGCUGGAGCAGGAGGUCAGGUCCCUGACCCGGCAGCUGCAGUUCCUGGAGACCCAGCUGGCACAGGUGAGCCAACAUGUGAGUGACCUGGAGGAGCAGAAGAAGCAGCUCAUCCAGGACAAAGACCACCUCAGCCAGAAGGUGGGUGCACUCGAGCGGCUUGCUGGGCAGCCCGGCCCAGAACUGCCAGUGGCAGGGGAAAAGAAUGAGGCCCUGGUCCCUGUGAACUCCAGUCUGCAAGAGGCCUGUGGGAAUCCAGAGGAGGAGCAGAGGGGCCUGCAGGAGGCACAGUUCGAUGAUACCAAGGUGCAGGAGGGCAGCCAGGAGGAAGAGCUCCGGCAGGCCAACAGGGAACUGGAGAAGGAGCUGCAGAAUGUGGUCGGGCGUAACCAGCUCCUGGAGGGCAAGCUGCAAGCCCUGCAGGCCGAUUACCAGGCUUUGCAGCAGCGGGAAGCAGCCAUCCAGGGCUCCUUGGCCUCCCUGGAGGCCGAGCAGGCCAGCAUCCGGCACUUGGGCGACCAGAUGGAGGCAAGCUUGCUGGCUGUAAGGAAGGCCAAGGAGGCCAUGAAAGCCAAGGUGGCAGAGAAGGAGGCCACUCUGCAGAGCAAGGAGGGUGAGUGCCAGCAGCUGCGGGAGGAGGUGGAGCAGUGCCGUCAACUGGCAGAGGCCCAGCACAGAGAGCUCAGGGCUCUCGAGAGCCAGUGCCAGCAGCAGACCCAGCUGAUUGAGGUCCUCACCGCAGAGAAAGGCCAACAGGGAGUUGGCCCACCCCCCGACGAUGAAGCCCGUGAGCUGGCUGCCCAGCUGGCCCUGUCUCAGGCGCAGCUGGAAGUCCAUCAGGGGGAGGCCCAACGGCUGCAGGCUCAGGUGGUGGACCUCCAGGCCAAGAUGCGGGCAGCCCUGGAUGACCAGGACAAGGUACAGAGCCAGCUAAGCAUGGCUGAGGCAGUCCUGAGGGAGCACAAGACCCUUGUGCAGCAGCUGAAGGAGCAGAAUGAAGCCCUUAACAGAGCCCAUGUCCAGGAGCUGCUGCAGUGCUCAGAGCGUGAAGGGGCGCUGCAGGAGGAGAGGACCAGUGAGGCCCAGCAGAGGGAGGAGGAGCUGCGGGCCCUGCAGGAGAAGUUGUCCCAGGCCAAAUACAGCUCCGAGGAAGCACAGCUGGAGCACGCUGAGCUGCAGGAGCAGCUGCACCGGGCCAACACGGACACAGCCGAGCUGGGCAUCCAGGUUUGCACACUGACCAUGGAAAAGGAGCAAGUGGAGAAGGCACUGGCCUGUGCUGUCCAGGAGCUCCAGGACGCCAAAGAGGCAGCCUCAAGGGAGCGAGAGGGCCUGGAGCGCCAAGUGGCUGGGCUGCAGCAAGAGAAGGAGAGCUUGCAGGAGAAGCUGAAGGCGGCCAAAGAAGCAGCCGACUCACUGCCUGGCCUGCAGGCCCAGCUCACCCAGGCCGAGCAGCGGGCCCAGAGCCUCCAAGAGGCUGCACGCCAGGAGCUCGACACCCUCAAGUUCCAGCUGAGUGCUGAAAUCAUGGACUACCAGGGCAGACUUAAGAAUGCUGGCGAGGAGUGCAGGAGCCUCAGGGGCCAGCUUGAGGAGCAAGGCCGGCAGCUGCAGGCUGCCGAGGAAGCUGUGGGGAAGCUGAAGGCCACCCAAGCAGACAUGGGAGAGAAGCUGAGCUGCACCAGCAACCAUCUUGCAGAGUGCCAGGCGGCCAUGCUGAGGAAGGACGAGGAGGGGGCUGCUUUGCGUGAAGACCUAGAAAGGACCCAGAAGGAACUCGAAAAAGCCACAACAAAAAUCCAAGAGUAUUACAACAAACUCUGCCAGGAGGUGACAAACCGCGAGAGGAAUGACCAGAAGAUGCUUGCUGACCUGGAUGACCUCAACAGAACCAAGAAGUAUCUCGAGGAGCGGCUGAUAGAGCUGCUCAGGGACAAGGAUGCUCUCUGGCAGAAGUCAGAUGCCCUGGAAUUCCAGCAGAAGCUCAGUGCUGAGGACAGGUGGCUCGGAGACACGGAGGCAAACCACUGCCUCGACUGCAAGCGGGAGUUCAGCUGGAUGAUGCGGCGGCACCACUGCAGGAUAUGUGGCCGCAUCUUCUGUUACUACUGCUGUAACAACUACGUCCUGAGCAAGCACAGUGGCAAAAAGGAGCGUUGCUGCCGAGCCUGUUUCCAGAAGCUCAGUGAAGGCCCUGGCUCCCCUGAUAGCGCUGGCUCAGGCACUAGCCAGGGAGAGCCCAGCCCUGCACUGUCACCAGCCUCACCUGGGCCCCAGGCCAUAGGAGGCCAAGGAGCAAAUACAGACUACAGGCCACCGGACGACGCUGUGUUUGAUAUCAUCACAGAUGAAGAAUUGUGCCAGAUACAGGAGUCUGGCUCCUCGUUGCCUGAAACACCCACUGAAACUGAUUCUCUUGACCCAAAUGUGGCUGAACAGGCAUCCGCCGGGGCCAGCAAGGGUCUGGGAAACCUGCUCUGUGAAUCAUCUGCUUACAGGGACACUACAUCAACCUCGCUAACGCCUGAGGACACUGAAGACAUGCCCGUGGGGCAGGAUGCGGAAAUCUGCCUGCUGAAGUCUGGAGAACUCAUGAUCAAAGUACCCCUCACAGUGGAUGAGAUUGCCAGCUUCGGGGAGGGUAGCAGGGAGCUGUUUGUGAGGUCCAGCACCUACAGCCUGAUCCCCAUCACUGUGGCCGAAGCAGGCCUCACCAUCAGCUGGGUCUUCUCUUCUGAUCCCAAGAGCAUCUCCUUCAGCGUGGUCUUCCAGGAGGCCGAGGACACACCGCUGGAUCAGUGUAAGGUCCUCAUUCCCACGACCCGAUGCAACUCCCACAAAGAGAACAUCCAGGGCCAGCUCAAGGUUCGCACGCCUGGCAUCUACAUGCUUAUCUUCGACAAUACCUUCUCAAGGUUUGUCUCUAAAAAGGUAUUUUAUCACUUGACGGUUGAUCGGCCUGUGAUCUACGAUGGAAGUGAUUUCCUGUAGCUUCAGCACGUCGGUAACUUCACUUCAUCCACAGGAAACACUACUCUUCCUCACCUGUCACAUAAAGCAUUUUUUCAAAACGUCAGCUGCUCCAAAAUCAUCAACUCUGCCCCUCUGGAAGAGAGGCCCCUGGGCUGCCCCUCAGAGGCAGCGUCCGGGGAGCACUUUGUGCUCAGCACUCUGCACCGGCCACUCUUAGCCCCCAAGGCUUUGAAGGGCUCAGGCAAUGUUUCCAUUAAGUAGAGACCCAGCUGUUCUCACACCCAAAGGGAUGCUCUGCCAGACGUUUAAACACCCAGGAGACCGUCAGCCUCUCCUGGGAGCACGGUUGGCGCUAGGCCUCCUGUGGAGAGUUUCACGGGUAGGGAUGAUCCCAACUUCUGCCUGUGGAGAGAUUUUCUGCCCUGCCCCACCAGGGUCCCGCAUCUUGGAGACCUGAGCUGGGUGCCCUGGCCAUGCCCUGUGGCUGUGACGCCCUCAGGUACUCCCGGGAAGAGGAGGCACACAGCCAUUGCGUGAGUCAGGGUGCCAGGGAACCCUCCUGAGAUCCUGACUAGCCUCCUCCAGUCAUGCUCUUGUCCCUCACUGCCCCAGUAAGCUGGAGGCUGCUCCAGAACUCAGCAGUGUUGGAGGGGCCUCUAAGCUGCACUCUCUUCCUGGCCCUUUUGUCUGGGUGAUUCUGUCCUCAAAGCCCUUCACUCAGCCAGGCCUCUCCACAGCUCAAAGCAUUGCCCUAAGAAUCAGAGGUAAAGAUAAUCCGAGAACAAACCCCACUGUACUGGGGGCCUGCGGUGGCUGUGUGUACACUACAUCUAAUGCCCAAAUGCCAGCCAGUGUGGAUGUCGUGACCACAGAGCAGGCUUGUGCAUUGGCUUUAGAGCUACUCCUCAGCUGAUGGCCCACGUUUGUUUAUAUAAAUAAGAGCUUCUGCCCCGCCUGCAGACGUGUUUACUAAUGAUCACAGCCAGGAUUAGAACCACUUUCAAACAUUGGGGCCUUCUUAACAAAAGUCUUUGAUAACUUAAAAACCAAAGUGACAGAGUAAACAGAGGCAUGAUGGAUCCCUGGGCCCCACUCCCCUCCUGACAGGUUCCCCGACAGCCCAUUUGCCAACUUCCCGCUGCUCAGCCCGCACCUGACCUCCAGGAGACAUUCCCCCCUUGAGGCAGAGAGAUCCUGUUGCCUGUUCCCAGACAAGAAUUAGUUAAUCUUCCCUGUUCUUUGUGGUCCUUUUCUUCUCCAACAACAGAUAGCUCACCUUGGACAGCUCUUUGUUCCUUGUUCAUGGAACCAGCUGCCCGCAGUCAGGCCCCAGGUUCUUCCCCGGGUGAACAGAACAUCUGACAAAGGUCCUACUUUGGAGGGGAGAGAGCCCCAGGCAGGCUAUCUGAGAAUCUGAGAGCUGGGCCCAGCAAUUCCUCCAGCUAGCCUUGUGACCCAAGUCCAGUCACACAUUUCCCAAAGUUUCUCUUUGUCAUAACCCUGGUCUGGCUGGUUUUGAGGGCUUGAGAAUGGGUCAGGAACUCCAGGCGAAGUCCAACAGAGACCCCAAACCCACCACACACCAGCAGCCACAGCCUCACCACCAGCAAAGAGGACUAUUGUGGGGCCACAGCUAAGGAGUCAUUUCUGGAAUGGACUCAGACCUUUAAACAGGAGAGUUGGGCACUUCAGUCAGUUGAAGCAAGGCAUGAGGAAUGGGGAAUAGAACCUUUCAAAGAGGUUACCCAGAGAAAAGCUGGGCCUCUUGCAUUUGGCUUUCUUGGAGCAGCCUCUUCCGGCAGAAAGCCAUCAGGUACUCAAUCAUCUUCCCCUGGCCAAGGCUCUGACCAUGUUUAAUAUUGGAAUAGAAGUGGCCAGGCCCCCAGCGACUCUUCUUGGCCUCAUGUUUGUCCUCACAGGCAUGCCACAUGGCCUGAGAUGAUUCAGAGCAAAUCAUGCUAACUUUGAAUCCAUCCAGCCUCUUGCAAAAGAUAAUCAGGAGUCAGCUUGUUCACUGUAAGAAAGAAACUAAUGAAAGAGAACCCAGAGCAAUCUAGAAUCUUUGAGUGCUUAGCUUUCUGAGGAUACUGCGGAGACUCUGGCCAAGCUGAUGACCUUCUGAAGUGUCAUUGGCACCAUAUGCAACAAGAACCACCAUUCAGUGAGUAGCUGACAGGUUUGGGGCCCGGGACAUUCCAUCUGAGGUCCUUUCUGAACAUGUCACUCACCACAGCAGAAGACCAGUUGCAGCUUACCCAGAACCACUCCUCCAGGAGAGCUGGGUGUCUCGUGCGCACCACCUUCAGCGCUGACUGCCAUUGUUCAAAGAAAGCCUUUGCUGCAUUCGGAGGACUGCCCCGUGCCCCGAGGUGACUUCCUAACUAUGUGGUUUCAUUAGCAAAUUUAUUUUUUGUGCUGGGUGGACAUUUGUAUUUUGUUAGGUUGCUGUUCAAGCUCAAGUUUGCUGUGCUCUCUGCAGCUACAGAACAUCUUGGCAUAUUUAAGAGUGGCUUUUAUAAAUAGCUUUAUUCUGAUUUUAAUCAGAUUCCCAACUUUACUGAGAAUUAAGGACUGGGGUACUUUUUAAAAAAUGCAAAUAACAAUUGAAGAAGCACUGCUGCAGGUGGUAGCCCUGGCUAGACUGAAUUACACUAGAAAUCAGCCAGAAGGAAGCAUCCUUGGGAUCCCAGAUCACUCUUUAAAAAAAAAAAAAGGGGGGGCAGGUGGGCAGCCCGUUGAUGGCUCAUCUCUCUGCAUAACAGUCACGUCUUCAUAUCGAUACCAGAUGCCUUCUUCAUCAUGCCACCGAAGCCACUCACCACCUUCAAGAACAUGCCAACCUCUGUCAGACGCACUUAGCCACAAACAAGGAGGCACGUUUGGCACAAAGUGUCCUCCAGGUCCAAGUGGACUCUACAGAGUGUUUGACCUCAACACACUGGACUCCAGGUGGGCUGGACCAAGAGCAGGCAAAGACACGGGAACUGAAAAACUCCACAGGGUUUGGAAAAUAGAAAUGAAAAGCCACAUCAUAUAACUCAAGAAUAAAUAGUGUUUUGGAAAUUUUAAAAUUAUCGUCUAAGGUGGUGAAACUAUUUCAGGCCCAAAGGAAAGGAAAUCCCCAUUUGGGGAUGAAAUCACAGAGCCUGUGUUUUGUAAUAUGGUUGGAUGUCCACUGAUGAAAUUUUAAAGAAGUUUCAUUUUUAAAAGUGUACCUGAUUUCAUUUUUUAAAGUGCACAUGAUUCUACAUGUGAGAAUUCUUUAGGCCAAGCAACUGUCCUUGGCUCAGAGGUGUUGGGAAUUAAAGCAGAGAGAAGCCAUUCGUGAUGCUGAGAACCAAGGAUGGUCAUGUACACAAAGACCAUGGAGACGGCCAUUCUUGUUUACAAAACACUUACCAAGAAAGCACUUUGUAGGGGAACCUUCGUAAGUUCUCAUUUCAUUACGUUUCUUCCAAGGAAACAGGAGAGACUGAAUUAAUAAUUCUCUCUUUCCUCUUAAGCACUUUUAAAAUAAUAAAGUACAUCCUGAAAUUUUAGGAGGCAUCUCUGAUUUAAAAAAAAAAGAAAAGAAAAGGACAAAAAAGAAAGGCUGCUUGACAUAUGUUAUCCAGAGACACUCUGCCUCUGGUGGCUGCAGAGCAACUCCCAAGCCUCAUUUGGAAGGCUUAACAUUUGGAAUUGCACUUUAAUUGAUUAAUCCUCAAUUCAUGUGGCCUUACGGGAUGGUGGGUCUGGGACCCCAAUUCAUUCUUAUCUGCCAAAGAAUUAUCUAGAAGCACAUCAAACACCAGCACCCCACCUGCACAAUGGGGGUGGAAAACUUUUGUAUCCCUAAGCAUAUUAUUUUAUAGUGUCUGCCAUGCCAUGUGGAAAUACUUUAUUUUUUAACCUCAGGAUUUAAAUAAAGUAAACACUAUGACAUUUA